AUGUCAAAUUCAUUCCUUAUUAUAUCCGUUGAUACUUCUAUCGAUCUAACCAAAUGGCACCUGUUAUUGGCAGAAUGUUCUUUCGUUCGUUAUNAUCAAUCACGACAGCAAUCAGAAGCUUAUUGUAAUUUAUGUGAACGUUCGUUUUGUAAUAAAUAUUUUCUGAAAACACAUUUGGCCAAAAAACAUGGAGGAUUGAGCAUGAUUUCUCCAUUAUCAUUAACAGAAAGAAAUGAUAAUGUUAAUGGAUCAUUGUCUCCGUCAUCAUCAUUACCUUUAUCAAAUCAGCAAGCUGCAUCCUUAAUUACAAAUCAACAAUCGUCGACUGUUAAUAAUAGCAAAUCGACUGAAAAAUCUAAUGAAGAUUAUUGUGAGAUUUGUCAGAAACAUUUCUGUAAUAAAUAUUAUCUUCGUAAACAUAAAGGUGAAUGUCACGGUGUUUAUACGGAUUAUAUCAAAUCUUUACAGAAAAGUACCAAUGAAAGUCCCGCGAAAACCAAUUCAAGUCGAUCAGCAAUUCAAAUUUCAUCGAAUCCUUCGAACACACUUCUAUUAAAUCCAUUUUACCCUGGACCAUCCGAUAUCCAAAGUCUCUUUCCUAUUCCAUCCUCACCAAAUCUCACAAUGAAGGCAUCGACAUCGCCCAGUGUCACAGUUCAACGACCAGUUCGCCGUUGCAACAUUUGUGACCAAGAAUUUCGUAACAAAGCUCUCUUUCGCAUGCAUAUGAACACAUUUCAUCCGAAUGAAAAGAAUAAAAAGCCAAUGUCAGCAACUCCUCCGAGUUUACCAGCCCCCAAUCUUGGAUUUCUCCCGCCGUUUGUUGAUACUAGCAGUCAACUUGCUCAGAAACUUGUCACUGGUCAAACACCACCAGCAUCGUAUGGAAUUAUCAACGAUUCCUACUUUUCAGCUAAAAUGGCUGAUCGAGUUGUUUGUGAAAUCUGUAAUAAACAAGUUUGUAAUAAAUACUUCCUGAAAACUCAUAAAGCAAAAGUACAUGGAAUAACAACAAGUGAAUCUAACGAACAAAUCAACGAAAAUCUCGAUAGUUCAGAUAAUUACUGUUCAUUAUGUAAAAAAGAUUUCCCAUCCAAAUAUUUAUAUCUAUUUCAUAUGCAAACAAUACAUAACGAUACAUCGGAUCCCGCUUAUCAAACAAUAAUUCAAUUUAUGAAAACAGCUGCGACGAUGAAUGAAAACGCUAAUCCAUUCUUAUCAUUGACGAAUCCGGAACAGUUAGAUGAUGAAACGGAUAGUAACAUCGACACCCUGAAACGUAAACGAAGUUCAAGUCAUUCGUCAACGGAAAACAAUUCAUCAACCAAAUCGGAAGCCAAUGCUGGUCUGCAACCAUUUCUACUCGAAAGUGAAGAUCCGAAAUUCUCUCAUACGUUCGUGCCAUGUAUGGUCUACUUACCUGUUAUUCGACGUGUGACAAAACAAGUAAAAAUUAAUUUAAGAUUGAAACCUGUUCUAGCUGAUACUUCUUCAUGA